CUGAGUUACAGCAUCAAAGUUCGGAAAUUCUUUCUCGCACUUGAAUUAUUUUAAAACAUUAUUCAAACUGAAUUAAGAUAGUUUAUACUUUAUAGUUCACAUGAAUAUUAAAAACUUUAAAAUUUAAGAGAUAUAAUAAGUAAAAAAACUAUUUUUCCAGUUACUCAUACACUUAUUUCAAUAAUACUAUUAUUCGACAGGAAGUUGCCCAAUUAUCGUUUAUUCAAAUAAUGUUUCGUGAUACGACUAAAAAAGCACGCAAUGUAAUUUAAACAUAUUUCUUGUAUUCUAUUUACUGUGUUUAAUAAUUUAUUAUUUAACACAAUUGAAUUAAAACAACAUUUUCUAAAAUUAUCAGUAACUAAAUGACUGAAAUUGAGCUAUGAUGAGUUUCAUAUAAUCAUGUUUAGUUAGAUAAUGAUUUUCCAGAUAACCGUUUUAUAAUUAUAACCAAGAUUCAAGUUAUGAUUAUCAAUUUUUUUUUUUUUGUAACUACAUAAUAUAUUAUUUCACUAUUUUUUUUAAAUAAGAGUAUUAGCCUAACCUCCGAUAGUGAUAAUUUAGAAAGCUAAAUAGAUACCCACUAAACUGAUAAGUAUUCGAAUAAUCAAAUACGAAAAUCACAUUGCAUUGAUAUAAGUAGAAAGUAUCGUUCGAUUAAAAUUGAAAGAUAUUUAUGAAAUAAGACUGUAUAUUACAUGCUUAUGGCCCAAUAAAUUAGGAUUUCACUUUUAGUUAAAUCGCUUAAAAUUUAUGAAAAUAAAAUUUUGUUCUACAAAAUAAUAUUAUUAAAAUAAAAAUAGACAUUGAAAGGAUUUACGAAAAAAGUUUUGUUUGUCGCUAUACGACGUCAAUCAUUGAGUUGUUUCCAUUUUAAACGUGAUUUAUGAUUUUUAUGAUAAAUAUUUAAAGAACGAGUACAUUAAUGAAUACGGUCAUUACAGUCGUUAACAAUAAACUAUAUCUUACAAGUUUUUGUUUUUUAAUGAUUUCUUGCAUUGGUCUAUAUUAUGCUUUGUACAAGGACCGGCUUUAACGUCUCGUUUUUCUUUUUAAUCACGUCAUCUUUCGAACGUCGGGCUAGUGUAUGUAAAAAAAAAAUUAUAAAAAUAUAUAUUAUUAAAAAAUGAAUUAUGAAGUUUUACAACACUUAAAUACAUGCAAGUGAGAGGAAAAUGUGCGAUAUAAAACGUAUCAAUUAUUAGCUUGUUCGAUAUAAAAUACCAUAAAUCUCUUUUUUUCGUUGUUGUUCUUUUUUCUUUCGUUUUUUGUCCUCUCAAAUAGUCGUAUCAGAUAUCCGUAUCGCUGGAUCAUUAAUCAUGCAAUCGACAAUCCAGGUUCAAAAAAUGCCAAAGUAAAUUUCAACAUUCAUCCGUCAACUGGGUUAUUAGACAAGUUCUCGGAAACGAUGUUUCGAGUGGAAUGCAGCGUCUCCGACGAGAUAGUCGAUGAACAACUUACGGGCAAGUAUCGUGUAACUGCCACCAUGAUGAUUGAUGAUAUCCCCAAACAAAGUAUCGACGAUUCAAAUAUAUUUUUCGAAGAACAAGAGGACAACCCAGAGUUGCUGUCAAUAAAAAUGGCUGAAAUCGAAGUGAUAGCCGAGUACAAUGGCAAAGAACGCAUAUCAUUGUAUACCGAUCGAAUAAUUGUGGACUUAAAUUGGCACCAACUAAGGACUGAUAUGUGCGUAAAAGAAACGGUGACCUUUACCAACAUCGGGUCGUGUCCCGUGCGCGUCUCGUGGAUGCCCAGCACCGAUAACGCUGGCGCGGCCGUGGGGGUGGCGCCCGAGUCGUUCGAAGUCGUGGAUCGGACCAAGAUCAGCGUGCAGGUCGAACCCCUGCGUCCGGGGUCUCAGUUGCGGGAGACGUUGAGGUUCUUGGCCCAAAACCGAGACGGCUCCACCGGCGAGACGGUGCUGUACGUGCGCGGCGCGGUCGAACAGGUGCCCAGAGUGAGUGUCCGGCCGGCGAUAGCGCCACUCGGCAACGUCUGCGCCGGUACGCUGAAGUCGUACCACGUCGAAUUCGAGGUGACCUCCGACGGUUCGUUUCACGUGCAAAGGCGUCUUUACGCGUUCGACACCACCGCCGGUGCAGGGUUCAGUCUGCACGGUGACGCCAAGUCGUAUGGACCGUACGGAAACGGAAGUACGACGCAGAUGCAGCAGAUGACAACGUUGAACUUUAAGACACCGGUCGACACCGAGGCAACUGGGAUCUCGUGUCAAUUAGUCGAAUGGUCGUUCGCCGGGUCAAAGACGGUCCAUACCCAGUCAAUGACUUACGCAACACUCCCAGAUGUGCGUUUGAACGUUAACACCAUUACCAUUGCCCAGUCCCUUUACAGGGGCAUACCUCACAGCCACAAAGGAAUUCGGUUGCUCAAUAAUACACAUUGUGAUUUCGUCUACUCUUGGGGCAACCCAAUGGGAUCGGAUGCGGAUAAAAUAGAUUGCGUGUUUAAGCCCAGUAGUGGGACCGUUAAUGGUGACGCGGACGUUGAAUUUGAAUUUACUGUGACGCCGAAAAAAAGCGGUUAUUUAAACAAAUGCCAUAUACCGUUUUUUGUACAGUGCAACGCACUUGCACCACAGCAGAUAAAUGUCGAAUGUUGGAUUUAUGAAUUCAGUACUACAGUGACGUAUGUCAAUGAGUGGGACACGGAAUACAGCAUCAUAUGGCAAGACAAUAAAAAACAAUGGAUCGUCGAUACAGACCAAUCGGAAUUUGAAUUAUUAGAAUCCGAAAGCAAUCAAACUUCAAUAACUAAAAAUGUUAAUAAUUUUGAUACAGAAAAUGCAGAAGAAUAUGAAAUCGAGCCGGAAGACCAGGAACCGACCAAAUGGCGUUUUGGAGAAUGGCCGAGACGUGACACACCGUUAUGCGCACCGUUGGUCCAACAAAUUGAACAAGAUCUGGACCACUACCACCCCGUAAUGGCGUUUAAAGACAUCGAAUGCAAUACAGGCACAAACAUUAAUAAUAAUUAUAUUAAAUACAGUUUGGAGACGAUCUAUUUUAUGACUGUGUUUUUAAAAUAAUAUGUUUAGCUAUGGAACAGAGUAUA